AUGUCGACGUUCUAUCAUCCCAAGCGCCUCCCGGCGAACGAGGACCGGAUCUACAAGCAGCGGCAGUAUGAGGAGGCGCGGCAGGCCCGCGUGGAUCACGUCAACGAGUACGAGCAUCUCAUGCGCUGCGCCGAAUUCGAGCAAUCCAACGAGCCCAAGCUCCGGUUCAGGGCAAAGAUGGAAAGCGAGAAAUCGGCCAUGGCGCUCAAGGCGCGGCAGCUGGCGGAGAAGCGCCAGAGGCUGGGGGAUUUGCUCCGGGAGGAGGCGGAGACGCUGCAUUGCGAGCUCCACACGGCGACGAUGAAUCUCGGCGAGCGCCGGGCGUGGCUUGAGGCCCGAGGGCGGCAGCUCCGGGAGGAAAGAAUCGCCAGGGAUAAGACCUACGCCGACCAGCAGCUGGAUCGCGUGUUCCGGGAGGGCUGCGACGACAUGCGGCUCCAGAACUCCAAGAUGGCGGUGCUCAAGGCGGAGGAGAUCCGGAAGAAGCAGCGCGAGGCAAAUCUGGCCAAGAAGCGGCUCCAGGAUGAGGAGCGAUUGACGACCAAGGAGAUCAUGGAGCUGGACCGGCAGCGCGCGCAGGAGGAGGAGCUCCAGGACCUGAUGCUCAAGAAGACGCGCAAGAAGGAGGCCAUGGAGAUCUUGCAAGAGCAAAUCUCGCUGGUCCAGAGGCUCCGGGACGAGGAGAGGGAUUCGUUCGAGGACGAGAUGCGGCAAUUGGUGAGGAAGUGGCAGGACGAGGACGCGGAGCUGCGAGCUCUCCAAGCCCAUCGCCGGCAAAAGGCCCAGCAGGAAUCCCAGGAGACGAUGCGCUACAACGACCAAGUCAAGGAUAACCGGAAGAAGGAGCUGAUGGAUGAGAAGCACUCGGACGCCAUGCUCGUCAACAUGGUGAGCGAGAGAGAGAGAGCCGAGGAGAACCAGGAGCGGCAGCUCCGGGAGAAGCAGCGGCAAGAGGCUGUGGCGUACGCGGCGUAUCUCAAGGAGGUGAUGGCCAAGCAAAUGGCCGACGAUGCCGAGAUGGAGGCGAUCAUCCAGCAGGAGGUUGACGAGGAGUGGCGGCGGAAGGACGAGGAACAGCAGUACCAGGAGGAGAAGAGGAAGCGAUUGAUGAUGAGAGUUCAUGAGGAGAGAGAGGCACAGCUCAAGUUCAAAGAGCAACUUCAGAGAACUCGGGACGAGGAGAAACGGAUCGAGCUAGAGAAGCUACAGGCUGAGAUGAGAGCCAUGGAGCUGGAGAAGCAAAGGCAGUCGCUCGAGGCUAAGAUGUCGAAGCAAGACUUGUAUCAGGCUCUACAGACUCAAGUACGGAGCAAACAAGCCGCUGAUCUUGUUGCUCAGUCACACGCUCGCCAUGAAUACGAAGGUGAUCUCUUUGUCAAUUGUUUGUCAUCCAAAAUCGUGUUUUUUCUUUGUUCUCCGUAGAUGCAUUGGCUGCUGAUCAAUUAUACGAGGACAAGCUGAGAGAAACACUAACUCUGCCUUACCCGGAACCGAACCACGGAAGAAAAAACGCACAGUGGAUGUUC